AUGUCUGCAGCGCUCAAUGCCAGAUCGGACUCAUCCGCCCAGUCAUUAGGCAGCCACCCCGACCUCUCACUCAACUCAUUCGUCUCAGGCUUCUCCACACCCGGGCGCAACCUCAAGAUACCCUCCACAUCCUCUCAGACCACAGCAACGUCGUCUGCACCAAUCUCUACACCAUCUCCACCCAGCGGCUUGACGACGUUCGCAAAGAGGCGAGCGGAGGAAGCCUCGCAGCUCGCCAAGAGCUUCGUCCAUGAGGACGACGGCGAGGACGUGGAGGGCGACGUGCUCGACACGCCAGGGAGGGAAAAACGGUGGGGAGAUGCGGCGGAGACGCCAGGGCGUGCCAAACGGACUCGCAGUAGGGCGAAGAACGGCGUGCUUACGCUACGCGACCAGGAGAAGCACAUCGACAGCCUCAAGAAGGAAAACUUCAGCAUCAAACUCAAAGUACACUUCCUCGAGGAACGCCUCGCCCAGCUCGCCCCUGACCAGAUCGAAGCAGCACUCAAGCAGAACAUCCACCUCAAGAUCGAGGUGCAGCAGCGCGGGAUGGAGAUGAAGAAGCUCAAGAAGCUCGUGCUCGAGCUCGAGCGCGAACUCGAGCGCCUGCAGCGCGGCUCGGGCGGCGCGUCUGCGCGCGCGCGCGAGCUCGAGGAGAAGCUCGACGAGCGUGAGCGUGAAUUGCGCGAGUUGCGCCGCAGGCGAUCGUUUGGCACGCCGGACGGCGCGCUAAGGGACGUCGAGGCGCGCAAUGCGGAGCUGGAGGAGGAGCUGGAUGUUGUGCGGCGGCUGCUCGAGGAGAAUGCGGAGGAGAUGGAGCGCUUGCGGGACCUUGUGGAGGGCCGUGAGGACGACGGGGGGAACUCGCGCGUGCGGAGACGAGUGGAGGAGCUCGAGGGGGAGAACGAGGAGCUCCGAGAGAAGAUGGACGCGUUGGAGGAGCUGGUGACGCAUAGGAACGACGAGAAGGAGGAGUUGGCGGACGAGAUCGAGGCGCUGAGGCUGGAGCUGGAGGAUACGCAGCGCCGGCGGGAGACGGAGUCCAUCGAGCGGAGCCAGAGUCGCGCGCAGGUUUGGGAGGAGAGGGAGGAGCGGGAGGCGGUAGAGGAGGACUUGAACGCCGUGCGGGAUAAGCUCGCGGCGGCCCAGAUAGAGCUGCAGCAGAAGGAGGACGACGUCGACAUGCGGAAUCGAGAGAUCGAAGAGCUCGUGGCCGAGCACACCCGCAUCAUCGACCAAGUAGAUGAGGACUGGAGAGGCGAAGUCGAAGAAGCGAGAGCCCAGGUAGAGGAGCUGAAAGACGUGUUGGAGCAGCGCGAUGCCGAGGCGAAGGAGCUCCGUAUGCACAUCGCCGAAUUCGAGGCAGACUCCGCCGACAUACACGAAAAGUUCGAAGCGGCGCUCGCCCAUCUCGAACGCGAAUCGGAGGAGAAGGACGCCGAGAUCGAGGCUGCCAACCGGGAGAUCGAGAAGCUCGGCGAGCAGGUGUACGUUCUCGAGGAGGAAAACGACCACCUGAGGGAGGAGAGCGAGCGGAUACGAGAGGAUGAGGCCGCGGAAAAAGAACGCCUCGAGGCGCUGUGCGCGGCACUCAAAGAGAAAUCUGCGUCUUAUAAGGCACAACUCCAGGAGCUCAAUGACCUGUACGAAUCCCGCAGCCAAGAGAUCCAAACCUAUCGCUCGCGCUCGGAAGAGCUCGCCCAACACAUCGAGAACGUCGUGGCGGAGCUCAAGCGUGAACGCGGUAUCCGCGAGAGCCUCGAAGGCGACCUCGACAAGGCAGAGAAGGAGCACGACGCGGCUCUGCGCCGCGAACAACGCGCACUAGAAGCGAAGGAGUCCGCGCUGCAGUCCGCGCUGAACGACCUCGCGCGCGCACAAUCGCUGCUCACGCAGCGCGAGAGCGACCUGGCCGCAGUACAAAACGCGCUGCAGACUCUCGAGACGGAAUCGAAGAAGCUCGGCGAGACGCACACGACUGCGCGCUUCUCGCUCCAGCUCGAGGUCGACCGGUUGCACCGCGACCUCGAGCGGCUCGAAGACGAGCUCGCACGCGCGCGCAAGGAGCUCGACGAGCGCGAGGGCAAGAGCCGCGACCGCGAUGGCGUGCUCGACAAGUUGCACUCGGAGAACCGCGGGCUCGCGUCGCAACUCGCCGCGCAGACCCAGGCGCGCAUGAACGUCUCGGAGAAGCUGGACGACGCGCAGGCGAGCGCGCGCGCGGCGGAGGCGGAGCUGGCGAACUUCCGCACAAGGGUGGCCGAGCUUGAGCAGCGGCUUGCCAAGGACCAGCGGUCGCUGUUGUCCGCCGAGGCGCAGUACCGUGAUCAGCUCACGGAGAGAAACACCCUCCUGCUCACGAUUUACCAGUACAUGGAUAAAAUCCUUGGUGUAGACAAGACUCCGAAGAAGAACGGCCAGGCAGAGACGAAGCCAUAUACGAACUUUGGCGUGUUCCACGACAACCUGAUCACCCGACUGAAGGCGCUCAGCCAGAUCCAGUUCGACUUCGACAAGCGGUGCAAGGACGCGGAGAGCCGGCACACGGAGAAGCUGAACGAUAUGCGCAAGCAGCUCGAUUUCCGGUGGAAGCAGAUCGACAAGUUCGAAGGCAGCGUCAAGGCGCUUGCAGAGGCGAAGGCGGCCUGGAGGAAGAAGCUGAGCGCGAAGGAAGGGGAAGCGGAUGCGUUGAAAGCAACAAAUGCAGAGUUGCAGGCGCAACUCGUGGUUGUUCGGAAGCCGGGCCAAGGCGACUCGAUGGAGGUACGCGCGCUCACCGCUCGUGUGACGAACGCGGAUCGUCGCGUGAGCAACUUGCAGAACCAGCUGCUGGCGUCUGAGGAAAAAGUCACACUCAUGAACCAGAAGACCACAGUGGCUGACAGCAAGUGGGAGGCGCGGGUUAAGGAAUACGAGACGCGCUUGAAGGUGGCAGAGGAGAAAGUCAAGAGGGAGCGACAGGGCGGCAAGGAGCACGCUCUGGAUCUCGAGAAUCGGGCGAAGAGCUAUCAAAGACAGUUAGAGAUCGCCAACAAGAGGAUACAGCAGCUCAACGAGAUCAUAGGGUCUGUAGGACCCGGCAGCAAGGGAUCUUCGCCAAGUCGAUGA